GGCGCGCCGAGGGAGGGCCCAGGCCGCCAGGUGCGCGGACCCUGAGACGCGCGGUGCCCGCUGGACCGCCCGCCCCGCGCUCCCCGCGGCUGGUUCAAGGCCAUGCUUCCGCUCUGGGCCCUGCUGGCCCUCGGCUGCCUGCGCCUCGGCUCGGGUGUGAACCUCCAGCCCCAGCUGGCCAGUGUGACCUUUGCCACCAACAACCCGACCCUCACCACGGUGGCCUUGGAAAAGCCUCUCUGCGUGUUUGACAGCUCAGCGGCCCUCGAUGGCACUUUUGAGGUCUACCUCUAUGUCCUGGUCGACUCAGCCAGCUCCAGGAACGCCUCCGUGCAGGAUGCCAAGACCCCGCUGAGCUCCACCUUCCAGCAGACAGAGGGGGGAAGGACAGGCCCCUAUAAGGCAGCGGCCUUUGACCUGAUCCCCUGUGGUGACCUGCCCAGCUUGGAUGCCAUCGGGGAUGUGGCCCGGGCCUCGGAAAUCCUGGACGCCUACCUCGUCAAGGUGGGCGCCAACGGCACCUGCCUUUCAGACCCCAACUUCCACGGCCUCUGCAACCCGCCCCUGUCGGCGGCCACGGAGUACAGGUUCAAGUACCUCCUCGUCAACAUGUCCACGGGCUUAGUACAGGACCAGACCCUAUGGUCCGACCCCAUCCGCACCAACCGUCCCACCCCCUACUCCGCGAUCGACACGUGGCCGGGCCGGCGGAGCGGGGGGAUGAUCGUCAUCACGUCCAUCCUGGGCUCCCUGCCCUUCUUCCUGCUCGUCGCCUUUGCUGGUGCCAUCGUCCUCAGCCUCCUAUCUGAUCAAUCACAAAGUGAUGUCAUUCAGUUCAACCCAAUAGAGCCCUGAGCCCCAGGCUUGGGAAAGCUGGCCAGAAGGACAGAAAUGCACAGAGGAAUUGUCGGAGCAGAGCCUUGGACAGAGCACGGUCUGGCCUUAAACACACAGGUCGGGCUAGAAGUCCUGUCGGAUUCGGAGGUAUGAUCCCCUCCCCACCAAUCAGGGCCGGAAUAGUCAGGAGGGCUUCCUGGAGGAGAAGGCACUUUUCUCAGAUCCCAUCUCUAACCCAGCUCCUGAGCCCAGAGGCUGUAUUCCACGGCCCUGUCACAGGUAGAUACAUGCUGAAACAAUAGGAACAAGGUCUCGGGACGUUGUGUUUCUUGUUCUUCCAUUUUAAAUUCAGGAUUCUGAACUUUACAAGCGACACAGCACACUGGCUGCUUGAAGAGGACCGAGGAGGCUAGGGUGCUCCUUGGCGGGGCCUCAGACCCGUGCCCCGGUUACUGAUCCCUUGAGCCUCCUUCCAGGCCCCUCCUCAGAGCCCUCUACCUGGCUGGAGAGGUGCCUACAGUCACUAUCCCCCCUCCUUUGUGGGUCGUGUGACAAUCUGGGGAUGGACAUGGAAUUACUGCGGGACGUCUCUGCCCCUGGGAGCUCAGGAACACUCCCUGGGGGCCCCUUGGCACACAGGGCCCUGCUGCUCCUCGACCUCGCCCCCAAAGCUCACUCUUCCCACCUGCACCGAAUGGCUGUGCCCUGUACGACAACCCCAGGCCUCAGAAUGCGAAGGACGGUUAACCUUCCGUGGCAAGGGGCAAGGGGAGAGGUCUGUCCCAAGGCACAAGUCACACGCGCUCUCAUCGCAUCAAGAAUGGCCCAGGGGAGGAAACUGUCUGGACGCGGAUGUAUCUGUCCCCGUCCUCCAACGCAGCUCCUGCUUCCUUCCUCCGUCUUCAUCCGGCUCUCCAUGCAGCAGUCAGGGAUGCUGUGAAAAUGUCCUGUCCGCACGUUGGCUGCUCCUCCCCCCACCUGCCGGGGUCCCCGUGUCCCCGGGUGUAGAAGCCAGAAUCUCCCCACGACUGGGAGAGACGUCCUACCCUGAAUGCUACCGGCUGCCCUCACUUCUGUCCGGCCACGGCAUUCGCCCAAGGAGGGGCUCUCGGGCGUUUCCAACUUGGGGCUAUUCUGAACACAGCUGCUGUGAACCUUUAUGUGAGGUUUGCCACCAACACAGUUUUCAUUUUUUUCCCCCCCUGGGAUGAACACCCGAGGGUAUAAUUGUUGGUCUGCACGGUCACUUUUGAAAGAAGCUGCCACGCUGUUUUCCACAAUGCUUGGAAACCAUUUACGGUUCCCCCAGCACUGGAUGGAUCAUCCAGUUUUUCUGCAUCCUUCCCAGCAUUUGGUGUUACCACUAUUUUUUAUUUUAGCCUUUCUGAUAGGUGGGCACACCUCACCUGCCCAGCAGCAGAGCGUGAGUUCUGGUUCCUUCACACCCUAACAACACUCAGUACGGUUAGUCUUCUUAAUUUGGGCCACUUAAUUUUCCAUCCGUAUGUAAGGCUAUCUCUUUAUGGUUUCAAGUCGCAUUUCGCCAGCGGCUAAAAAGGUUGAGCAUCUUUUCAGGUCCUUAUUUGCCGUCCCUGUAUCUAUACCGAUGAAGCAUGUGUUCAAGUUUUUGUUUGUUUGUUUGUUUUUUGAUUGGGUUGUUUGUCUUCUUACUAUGAGUUAUAAGAGUUCUUUCUAUAUUCUAGAUUGGGCCCUUAGAGAAAUGUUUUGCAAAUGUCUCCCCGGUCUGUGUAUUGCCCUUUCAUUUUCGUCUCCUGUCCGCCCCUCACCCAACUUCCUUUUUCUUUACAGCCUCGUCACGCCCUGACAGGUAUGUUUAUUGCUUGUGCUCCCUUCUACCCAGACAGCCCCAGGGGUUCAGGGGAUGUUUUUCCUGCUCUGUCCUUGGCUCCUAGCACAGUGCGUACUCAGGACAUAUUUGUUCAGUGGCCAUGCCGGGCUCCCUGGCCAUAUCACAGUGGCUAAGGGGCUGCAGGGGCACAUGAGCUGGUGUGUGGAGACCUUAGAGUGGGCUGUUGCAAACUUCCAGGUCAGCAGUGAGGAGUCCUCAAGCUGGGGCAUGGGCACGGGCGGGGGUGGGGCAGAAAAGGGCUGGAGAGACUUUCCCAAGGGGCACGUGCCAAGCUCCCUUCCUCCCUUCUCCUGCCGGCGAAGCCAUCCCACUCCGCACACGCCCCUCCUCUGCCCGGUGCUGGAUCACAGCCCUCCCUGCCUGUUGGCCUGCCCAAUGGCAGGGGCAACACAAGUUUCUACAGGAAAUUGAUGGGGGGUGGUGUCCAAAAGGUAUAAUUAGUGUCUACAGUGUGCAUGUGUAAUUGAGGGGGUGUAUACACAGAGGGUGAGGGUGUGUAUGUGCCCUGCCUGCUAUCUAUGGAGGGUGUGGUCCAGGGUGUAUGAUGUGUGGACAUCCGGCCUCUCACGCCAGCGCGGGGCAUCCGUGCGUUACGUGGGUCCUUCCAUGCAAUAAAGUGACAGGUUCCUCUCCAGGAUGGAAGGAU